UAAGUAAGACCACGUUUGUCCCGCCUAUCAUUUAGUAACUCACUCGACUCUUUACGGUCCAGCGGUGAGAGCUUUGAAGUCAUUUUCAACGAAUUUUAUCACGUUUUUGGUGAACCAGACACCUUAACUAGUCAACAUGCGUGAAUGUAUCAGUAUCCACGUCGGACAGGCCGGAGUCCAGAUUGGAAACGCCUGCUGGGAGUUGUACUGUCUUGAGCACGGUAUCCAGCCUGAUGGCCAGAUGCCCAGUGACAAGACCAUCGGUGGUGGUGACGAUUCCUUCAACACCUUCUUCAGUGAGACCGGUGCUGGCAAGCACGUGCCCCGUGCCGUUUUCGUCGAUCUGGAGCCAACUGUUGUCGAUGAGGUCCGCACUGGCACCUACCGACAACUUUUCCACCCUGAGCAGCUGAUCACUGGAAAGGAAGAUGCCGCCAACAACUACGCCCGCGGUCACUACACCAUUGGGAAAGAAAUCGUCGACCUUGUCUUGGACAGAAUCCGUAAGCUGGCUGAUCAGUGCACAGGUCUGCAGGGUUUCCUGAUCUUCCACAGCUUCGGUGGUGGCACCGGCUCAGGUUUCACCUCCCUGCUCAUGGAGCGUCUCAGCGUCGACUACGGCAAGAAGUCCAAGCUUGAGUUCUCCAUCUACCCCGCUCCCCAGGUGUCCACUGCUGUUGUUGAGCCCUACAACUCCAUCUUGACCACCCAUACCACCCUUGAGCAUUCCGACUGUGCUUUCAUGGUAGAUAAUGAGGCCAUCUACGAUAUCUGCCGUCGUAACUUGGACAUUGAGCGCCCAACCUACACCAACUUGAACCGUCUGAUCGGCCAGAUCGUCAGCUCCAUCACCGCUUCCCUUCGUUUCGAUGGUGCCCUGAACGUCGACUUGACCGAGUUCCAGACCAACUUGGUGCCCUACCCACGUAUCCAUUUCCCUCUGGCCACCUACGCCCCUGUCAUCUCUGCCGAGAAGGCCUAUCACGAGCAGCUGUCCGUGGCUGAGAUCACCAACGCUUGCUUCGAGCCAGCCAACCAGAUGGUGAAAUGCGAUCCCCGUCACGGCAAGUACAUGGCCUGCUGCAUGUUGUACCGUGGAGAUGUCGUGCCAAAAGACGUGAACGCUGCCAUCGCCACCAUCAAGACCAAGCGUACCAUCCAGUUUGUGGACUGGUGCCCAACUGGUUUCAAGGUCGGCAUCAACUACCAGCCACCCACUGUCGUCCCCGGCGGUGACUUGGCCAAGGUGCAGCGUGCCGUGUGCAUGUUGAGCAACACCACCGCCAUCGCCGAGGCCUGGGCUCGUCUUGACCACAAGUUCGACUUGAUGUACGCCAAGCGUGCUUUCGUCCACUGGUAUGUCGGUGAGGGUAUGGAGGAAGGUGAAUUUUCUGAGGCUCGUGAAGAUUUGGCCGCCCUGGAGAAGGAUUACGAAGAGGUCGGCGUCGACUCCGUUGAGGGAGAGGGCGAAGAGGAAGGCGAGGAGUAUUAAAUCUACGUCCAACCUUUCGAACUGCAUUCCACCGAAAUGUUACAUUUGAACUUUUUCAUUUGUGAAGAUAAGUCAGACUUUUCUUGUCAAAAGAGCAUUGUGCAUUACUUUCAUGAAGUUCUCUUUCUGUUUUUUUAAUUUGAGAAACGAAAUUUCAUCAGGGUAUUCAAAAAACAAAAUCAUAAUCAAAAGAAAAAGAUCAAAUUUAUUUUUUGGAGCUGAAUAAAGAAUCUUAACCUA